AUGUAUUCUCUCUUGAUAUCUAAAGAAUCAUCACUUGAAGAUCACUUGACUAUGUUCAAAGAUAUUGUGACUGAUUUUGAGACUUUGGAAGUUAAGUAUGAUCAGGAGGACUUGGUUUUGAUCUUGUUAUGCUCGUUGUCACCAUCAUAUGUGACUUUUAGAGAUACUAUUCUCUAUAGUCAGGAUAUUCUCACUGUGGACGAGGUCUAUGAUGUUUUACUAUCGAAGGAGAAGAUGAGACAUCUUGCAAGUGGAUUUGGAAGUCAGGCUGAAGGGUUUCUUGCUCGUAGGAAAAAUCAAGAUAGAAAUCUUAGUAGGAAUAUAAGGGAGUGGGUUCUUGGCUUGGCAUGUACAUUCCAUAUUUGUCCUAAUAAAGAUUGGUUUACAAGUGCAAUGAUUAUGAAAAAUAACGUGCCUUGCAAAAUUAUCGAAGUUGGUAGAGUCAGAAUCAAAAUGUUCAGUGAUGCUAUUAGAACACUUAUAGAUGUAAGGCAUGUUCUAGAACUGCAGCAAAUUCUCAUAUCUUUGAGUAUACUUGACACAAAUGAGUAG